UGUGUGUUACAAUCUUGCCGUUAUCGGAUCCAUGUUUGGAUCCGCAACAACCGCCUCCUCCCGUCUGAUAGAGGUAGCUUGAUACGAUUGUGGCUCUCACCGGAUCUCUCUGAAAGCGAGACAUAUCAAAAGUAGUCACUCGAGGCAAAUCUUUCGUGAAGCGUUCUACAGUACUAAGUAAUUUAUGAAAUUCUUAUCCAUUGCUCUUCCUCUGAAGCCCUAGAACGUCAUUGUUCUCCGCUAGAUCUCAGCUACGUUGUCUGUGGACCUUAUCAACCGCCCCGCUGCUCGUCCUCGCUCAAGAAACUGACAUCGCGAAAGCUCGUUCACCUACGCAAGACGAACCUCAUAACCAUUCUUUAACUUUGAUCUCCUAACAAACUCAAACAUCAUGCCUGGACGUCUUGCGGGCAAGAAUGCCAUCAUCACCGGCGCUGCUGGAGGCAUCGGCCUAGAAACCAGCAUCCUCUUCGCCAAAGAGGGCGCCAACGUCCUCAUGGCCGACAUCUCCGCCGAAGCCAUCCAGCGCGCCGAAGCCAAAGUCAAGCAGCUGGUGCCCAACGCAUCCCGCGUUGAAUCCAUUGUAUGCGACGUCUCCAAAGAAGACCAAGUAGAAAAGAUGGUCUCGCACCUCGACUCCUGGGGCGGCCUCGACAUCAUCUUCAACAACGCCGGCAUCAUGCACAGCCAGGAUGACGACGCCGUCGCCACCCCCGAGUCCAUCUGGGACCUAACACACAAUAUCAACGUCAAGGGAGUCUGGUUCGGGUGCAAGCACGCCGUCCUGUCCCUGCGCAAGCACAAAAAGACCAAGGGCAGUAUCAUCAACACUGCCUCCGUCGUCGCGCUUGUCGGCUCUGCCACCCCCCAGCUGGCUUACACGGCCUCCAAGGGCGCUGUCUUAGCCAUGACGCGCGAGUUGGCUAUGGUGCAUGCCCGCGAAGGGUUCAGAUUCAACAGUUUGUGUCCGGCUCCCCUCAACACGCCGUUGUUGCAGGACUGGCUGGGUGACGAUAAGGCGAAGAGACUACGGAGGGAGAUUCAUUUUCCGACUGGGAGGUUUGGAGAGGCGGUGGAGCAGGCGCAGGCGGUGGUGUUUUUGGCAAGUGAUGAAGCUAGUUUUGUUAACGGACAUGAUAUGGUGGUUGAUGGCGGCAUGACGAAGGCGUAUGUUACACCCGAGGGACCGGCGACGGCGGCGCCGGUUAAUAAUGCACUGAAGGAGAGUUUGGAGGAGUAAGAAGAAAGGAUUUCUAGCCCUCAGAGACUAUGAUAAAACAAAUGUUUUCUGUACAUAUGCACAAGUGAGCAACUGUAUGCGUCCCCCGACAUGUAAAUGUACGAAGCGACGCGAUGUGAGGUUUAUACAUAUGUAUGAGAAGAGGCGCAGCGAGCUGUAGAAAGAUUGCAUAGUAUAAGUAAUCUCAUGCAUUGCGUCUAUCAGG